GGCGACGGCCAGCACGCACCUCUGCAAAAAGCAAAGCGGCAAAAGAGGAAAAGGCGAAAAAGCGGAUCCUGCACUGUACUGUCAGUUGAGCGAGUUGAAGUUAGUUCUCGUCUCGUUUCUCUCUCUCUCUCCCCCCCCCACUCGCUCGGCCAGCCGCGGGCGAAUCUUCUUCUUCCCCGAGCUUCUAGAAGCUUUUUUAGCGCGCGCUCGCGAGAUGGCGGAGCCGAAGCGGGCCUCCGGCACGGUCAAGUGGUUCAGCGCCCUGAAGGGGUUCGGCUUCAUCGCCCCCGACGGCGGCGGCGACGACCUCUUCGUCCACCAGACCUCCAUCCGCUCCGACGGCUUCCGCACCCUCUUCGAGGGCCAGCUGGUGGAGUUCUCCGUCGAGUUCGCCGAGGACAUGCGGACCAAGGCCGCCGAUGUGAUGAUCCUGGACGGAUCGCGCCGCGGCGGCGGCGGCGGCGGGGGAGGGAGGGGUUGGUAUGGGGGAGGCCGGUUCGGCGGCGGCGGCGGCGGUUACGGGAUAGGUGGAGGUGGGCGGAGAGGAGGAGGAGGUUACGGUGGAGGUGGAGGGUACGGCGGCGGUCGUGGCGGAGACGGCGGUGGCGGUGGCGGCGGCGGGGCGUGUUAUAGUUGCGGAAGAAUGGGGCACCUGGCGCGGGAUUGCUACCAUGGAGGUGGCCGCGGCGGAGGAUACGGUGGAGGAUAUGGCGGAGGUGGGAGAGGAGGAAGGAGAUUCGGAGGUGGCAGAGGAUACGGCGGCGGUGGCGGUGGAUUCAGUGGCGGUGGUGGCGGAAGGGGGUGUUUCAAUUGUGGCGAAGAAGGGCAUUUAGCCAGGGAUUGCCCUAGUGAGCAGGAAUGAGCGCUUCUUUGUUCAAUCCGUUUGUUGUGGCUCCAAUUUGGGAUUUGGGUUAAUUCGCUUUGUAUAUCUGGUGAUCUGGUGCUGAUGUUCAUCGAGUAAAGCUUUCUCUCUUAAAUUCCUUCUUUUGAUCUUAAAUUAAUGAUUUUACCGUCAUUCUUUUACAUUGAGAUUGCUGAUCGAACUGAAUUGUCUUCCAGUCAGUUAACUGCAUUUUAAGUGCAGACAUUCUGAAUUUGAUGGGAGUUUGGUGGUUGAUUGGUUUUCUUGUGCUCAUUCUGCAUUUAAGUUCGUUUGCUUUUGCUAGACAUA